AUGCCGUUUGGUCUAAAGAAUACCGGGGCGACGUACCAGCGAGCCAUGACUGCGCUGUUUCAUGAUAUGAUUCACAAGGAAAUGGAGGUCUAUGUCGAUGACAUGAUCGCCAAAUUUCGGAAAUACAGUCUUCGUCUUCAUCCGAAAAAGAAAGCCGGGAGGGGGUUUGGUGCUUUGUCAGGUAAGCUACUCGGGUUCAUUGUCAGCAGAAGAGAAAUCGAAGUCGACCUGCAAAAGGCAAAGCAAUUAUCGACAUGCCGGUACCAAAGACAGAGAAAGAAAUCAGGGCUUUUUGGGGCAGGCUACAAUACAUCAGCAGGUUCAUUGCCCAGCUCACACCCAUCUGUGAGCCGAUCUUUAAACUGCUCAGAAAGAAUACCCCGCCUUUCAGAAAAGAUAGACACAAGGAACGAGGAUUGCCAAAAGGCGUUUGACAAAGUUAAGAAAUAUCUACUCAAUCCUCCCAUCCAGGCACCGCCAACGCCUGUCGACCUCUCCUGA